CUAUGGCGACCGCGGCGUCCAACCACUACAGCAUCCUCACGUCCAGCGCGGAGCCCGGCAGCAUGCAGCAGACGCCGCCGCCGGCCUACAGGGACGCGCACAGCCUGCUGCAGAGCGAGUACACCACCCUGCAGAGCAGCGGGAGCACGCUCGGCCACGCGCACCAGUGGCUGACGGCGGCGCUGUCUCACGGGGGAGAGGGGUCGCCGUGGCCCGCCAGCCCGCUGGGCGAGCAGGACAUUAAGCCGGUGGAGGAGCUGCAGCACUCGCCGAGACAAGCGCAUCUGGUGCCGCAGAGCCAGCAUCACGAGACGGCCGCCUGGCGCGCCACGACCACCGCGCACAUGCCGAGCAUGAGCACCUCCAACGGGCAGAGCCUGAUCUACUCUCAGCCCGGCUACGGCGAGAUGCACCACGAGGAGCACCACAGCCCGCAUCUGAGUGAGCACGGCCACCCGCAGAGCCUGCACUCGGACGAGGACACGCCGACCUCCGACGACCUGGAGCAGUUCGCCAAGCAGUUCAAGCAGCGGCGGAUCAAACUGGGCUUCACGCAGGCGGACGUGGGGCUCGCGCUGGGGACCCUCUACGGCAACGUCUUCUCCCAGACCACCAUCUGCAGGUUCGAGGCGCUCCAGCUGAGCUUCAAGAACAUGUGCAAACUCAAGCCACUGCUGAACAAGUGGCUGGAGGAGGCGGACUCCACUUCGGGGAGCCCGACCAGCCUGGAUAAGAUCGCCGCGCAGGGCAGGAAGAGGAAAAAGCGCACCUCCAUCGAGGUGAGUGUCAAAGGGGCCCUGGAGAGCCAUUUCCUCAAGUGCCCGAAACCUGGCGCGUCCGAGAUCAACUCGCUUGCGGACAGCCUGCAGCUGGAGAAGGAGGUGGUGCGGGUUUGGUUCUGCAACCGGCGGCAAAAGGAGAAGCGGAUGACGCCCCAAAAUGGACCGAUGGCCGGGAACGAGGAUGUGUACGGGGACGCCUCGCCUCACCACGGGGCGCAGACACCUGUUCCGUGAGAGAGGGGCGGAUUGAACAUAACCGACUGUCCCUUUGUCCCGGUCAUAAGCCCAUUCUGGGCGGACCGACGGUGAUGAAGCGUCUCUGUGUGUGGCACCUCCGAGCGCGCGUGGUUGCGCGAACAAUAUACGGGCACGGGCGCGAGAAAACGCGAGCAAACCGGGGCGCGCUGAACCUGAAGAGGAACGUAUAUAUUCUUUUAUUUAAGAGAUUUCUUUUCAAGUCCGGGGAUCUGUGAAAGCAUCAUAUCACUUCCAACCGAAAGCUGUGAAAAGGCGUCAGGGGCGCGCCAUCUUCCCCUCAUGACCACAAAAGGUUUAUUCCUGAUUGAUAUUAAUCCGGUGCAGUGUCUGCUCCUCGUUCUCUUACGAAUAUUAAUGGCAAAUGCUUCGUUAUUAUUAUUAUUAUUAUUAUUAUUAUUAUUAUUAUUAUUAUUAUUAUUA